UUUGGAUUUUCGCUGCCGAACCGAGGGAUACAGAAGCUGUGAUUUUGAAGUAAAUCCACUGUUUUCUGGAAAUCCUGCCGACACCAUAAGAUUUUUAACAAAAGUAAACCUGUAAUCCAUCCUUGCCUUCUAAAGUGGUUCUGAAAGUCACUUUAAACAAUCAUCAGUAGUUAACAGCUGCCAGUUGGCUAAGGGGCAGCCAUGGAAGAUGAGGAAAUGAGAACCGAAUUGGAGAUUCUCCAGGAUAAAGCUGACCGAGCUACAGAUGAGUCCUUGGAGAGUACACGGCGUAUGCUGCAGAUGGCAGAAGAGAGUCAGGAUCUUGGAAUCAAGACUAUAGUUAUGUUGGAUGAGCAAGGAGAACAACUUGAUCGUAUUGAGGAGGGUAUGGAUCAGAUCAACACAGACAUGAGAGAGGCUGAAAAAAACUUGACUGGUCUUGAAAAGUGCUGUGGCAUCUGUGUUUGCCCAUGUAAAAAUUUUGGUAACUUUGAAAAGGGAGAUGACUAUAAAAAGACAUGGAAAUCUUCUGAAGAUGGUAAAGUGGUGUCGAGUCAACCAACAGCAAGGGUAUCAGAUGAACGAAAUGCAAUGAUGGGAAACUCAAGCUAUAUUACAAGGAUAACUAAUGAUGCUAGAGAAACUGAAAUGGAUGAGAAUGUUGGUCAAGUUAGUGGUAUUGUUGGCAAUUUGAAACAUAUGGCAAUCGAUAUGGGUAAUGAAAUUGAAGCACAAAAUAAGCAGGUUGAUCGCAUCAAUGACAAGAGCCGACUGAAUGCGGACCGUAUAAAUCUGGCCAACUCCCGUGCCACCAAGAUUCUCCAUCAAAACUAAAAGGAUGCAAUAAUGCUGGGACAGUAAUGCAUGAGGCAGUUAUCUCAGCACAGUUUGACAUUGAUAUAUAUAAAUAUUCACUUCUUUGUAUGCAUACUUAUAGUAGCUCAGUUAGCUCAGCUAAGUGGCAGUUAAGCUACAUAGGGAUCACAUCGACUAUGUCCGUCCAUGACUGGCUAACUUGUUUGUUGACUCGUCCCAACUGAUCAACUAUUAAUGAUUAUUUUCUUCUUGUAUGUAGUUUUUAAAUUUGUUGUACUGAAUAGAGUCGAUACAACAGGAUAUAGCAAUAUUAAUUGUGGUUGUAUAUUUAAUGCUUAGUUGCACUCGACAAUUGAUUUUUUCGCUCUAAAUUUCUAGCAUACCCUUUCUCAUAAUGAAAACAAUACACUGUUUAGAUAAUUCUAGAUAUAGCUAUUGAAUAGCAUCACACUUGUGAUACUAGUGACAAUUGUCUAGGACAGCUUAUGCUAACUUUAUUCUAUUUAUUCGGGACAUCAUCAUCAUUGCUGCUAAGAUUUUCAUUGUAUUUUGUUUUUAACAUCAGUAGAAUAAUAGAAAUAUAUUGAUAAGUUUCUGAAUGUCAUGGUGAACCAUCUCAUUGACCAGAACUGAGUAGAAUCACACUAAGUAUGAAGAAUGAUUUCAAUUUAUCUGCAUUUAAUUGGCUACAUUGUAUGUCCUUUAAAACUUUAUUUAUCUUCCAGCAUUACAGUAUAUACUCAUGUUUACUAUAUGAGAUAGUUUAAAUGAAAUCUCCACAUAUUUAAUAAAGUUCUCUUCUCUCUUUCUUUUUCUUUCUUUUGUGUUGUGUCGUUUUAUUGGCCAUCAUAUUAUUUACCCGCCUUCACCAAAACUUGGAUGUAUUCUUUGGUGUUGUACAUUCAGAGUCGGUUGAAUGUGGACCGUAUUGGUUUAGCCACCAAGAGAACUCAACAACUGUUAAAGGAGUAAGGUUGCCACAUGAGCCUGGGAAGUUGCUACACAACUUGAUAACUAACUGCACCUAUUUGUGUCAUGAUAAAAUUGAUUUUCAUUCAUCUUUAGUACUCUCAUGUGAAAAGUAAAAAUAUAAAACUGUUAACCUUUACAAUCACAUAUAACAAUUUAAUUCACAUAAUGCUUUUAUAAUGGUAAGUGUCUGCUACCUGUGUUUACUCCAACCACUCCCCAACCUGUCCCUACAUGUAGCAUGUAAUGUAAUUUAGUUUGCCUUCCAGUUUUCUUUUAACAUUUUACCUUAAUUGUUGCCUCUACAGAUUUGUAUUCCUGGGUAGUGUACAGUCCCUAAAUUAUUUGUUUCCCAAAUUUUUAGCUGCAGUAAUGUUUUGAGUUAACUUUUGAGUUAACUUUUUAUUGUAUAUAAUGCAUGUUGUAAUUUUUUUUUGUAUCUACAGGAGUAUUAUGUGUAUGGGUAUUUGUUUUAUGUUAUCCCUAUGUUUUAUUUUCCUUAUUGUGAUUUCUACCAGUGUGUUAAUAGUCCUUUUUUGUUGCCUCUUGCACUGUGUAGACUGAAUCACUUGACCAGCGCAUCACCAAAGCUGACAAAAGAGCAAAAGACAUCCUGCGAAAACAAUAGAGUUAGUGUUGAAAUAUUUUGCAUUGUGAAGUUGUUGAAUUCCCAGGUCCCUGCUGGCAGUACUUGGUUCUUUAUUUAAACCAUAUCCGGAAAAUCGCUGUCAUAGUUUUGAAUUUUUGAAGUCCUAACUCAUGAAUGAAAUGCCAGCUCUUUGUGGCAUUGAAAUAUUUCUAAGGAGUCAUUUUAAGUAAAUUACAUUAAUAACUACUGUUUUGUUUGUGAAAUAUUUUAGCUUAAUAUGUUGGAUAUUUUAUUCAUGAGUUCUGGAGCUCAUCCAUGCAGAUAAGUAAUAAUUAUAUCUUAGGAAAUGUAUUUCUCUUAAAUAUUGUUCUAUAUAACAAACAAUUUGGAAAGAGCAUUCCAUGAAGACAAGUAUUGUAAAUUGUAUAUAAAUUGUAAAGAUUAUUGUGAUCGGUGGCCGGAAACCAUGAUGUUUAUGAACAAAAGAAUGAGUACAGACAUUAUUCCCAGUAAUAUCAUAAAAGCUGAUGUGUAUAUCUCAAUUAUGGACAUUUUAUUUUAUCUUGUCAGUGUCAUUUAGUAUAUAGUUUUGCAAAUUCAAUGAAUAUAUAAAGUGUAUUAAGACCAUUAUACUUGAAUUAUCAAUCAGUGUUAAUUGUACUUAUAUAACAUCACAUUAAUGAUGUAUUUUGUCCAUGUACUUAAAUUAACUAGCAUCUGCUUUACACUGAUGACUUGUUUUUCAGCAUCUGUAAAUGUAAUUGUAAAUCUUUGUUAUCUUAUGCAACCUUUCAUUAUCUCAGUAGUAGAUAUUUGAUAUUUAAAUUGUUUAGUAAAACCUGGCUUCAUUUAUUCGUUACCCUCUGGGUCAAACAGCUACAUACUAAGAAUAUUGUACUGAAACAAUUUGACGAUUGGAUAGCACCAUGUCUAAGUCUGCACAAGUGUGUUACCAUCUAUGCAGUAUGAGACAGUGAAUUGGUUCACACAUUUUUAAUGUAUAGAACAUUUUUUCUUGCAUUCAUUGUUUUGUAUGACUUUCUUCCAAGUAUUCUUUCUGCCUUUUAAACUUGUAGGGUUUAUUUACAUAGUCAUAAAUUUCUCAGAUUCAUAGACCGAUUUUAAUACUACAUGUACAAUAAGUUAUUUAUGCAAGCUAUAAAUUGUAGUAAUUAUUAGUGAAGAUAAAACACCCAGUUAUCACUGAUUAUGACUUUGUCUUUGUUGUUUAUUUGUUUUGAAGUCAACAUGACCAUAAUGUUGUCUUGUGUCAAACCAUGUUUGUAACAACAAUUUUAUUUAAAUUUAUAUUUACCAGAUGUUUUUUAAGAUUGUCGUUUUUUUUUCUCUUUUAUCGCAUUUUGAAAUUAUGUUAAUCGACAUUAUUUGUGGAUUUUGAUCCCAUAUUAUUGGGUUGAAACGGAUUACUUCUGUCAAAUAAUUGAAUCUCAGAGUGCAAUAUAUUGAGUUUCACUGCAAAUUUUAUUCUGUUUUCUAACCCAAGUUUCAGUAACUGUCUAUUGCAUUGACACAAUUGGCUAUGCAUCUACAUUUUGUAUCUGCAUUUUAUAAAAACAAACUGAACAGCAAGUGGUAUUAGUCAAGACAUUUCUACAUAUGUGAAGUUUGAAAAAAAAGCUUAUUGCAUAUCAAUUUAUAUGAACAAAGCUGUUCAAUUUCAGCUGACCAAUAACUACUUUUGGAAGCUGGAAAUUUUAGCUUUAAGCAAUUCACUGUCAUUCUGUAAGACAAAAGGUUUAUGAUGGAAUUGAGCUUUGGUUGAAACAGAUACAUUUUUGAUUUGGAAAAAAGACUUGUUAGACCAUUGUGUUUACACCAGACAUAUGGAUAAGAAAUUAAAAAUUUCAAAUAUUGUGAUCACCACGUGACAGUUUCUCCAGAAUUAUGAAGGAAAAUAUUGAUAUUGAAGAACAGCAAGCAUCGUAUAUGAUCUGUAUUCUAAUCAAAUGAAGAAUAUACCCUGACGACCCAAGGAUGUUAUUGUCAAGCUCAUUUUUAUUUCCUGCCAAUAUCUAUAUAUAUAUAUAUGUGACUGUCCAAGAGAGUUGUCAACAAAUAUUUGAUCUACUACAGGAAACUCAUUUUAUUUCAUUGUUGUACAUAUAGUUAAAAUUUCAAUGUAUAGUACAGUUAUUCUAUGUCAACAGUGUAACUAGUUAUAAUUUCACCUUAUCUAUCUCUCCUACAUUUAUCCUAAAUUUUUCAUAUUUUCAGUCUUUACAAUGUUAUUCUGAUCUCCUAAUUACGUUGCUUAUUACUAAGACAAUAAAGAAUUGGUGCAGGAU